AAGAUCGUUUCCCCAAAGAAGAUCUUGCACACUGCAAACAACUGAACAAGUCAAGUCAUUAGAAGUUGAAUCAACAAAUUUGUGAAGAAGACAUUUUUAAAUUAAAAAGAACAGGCCAAUCACAUACGGAUGGAUACAAGAGAUUAGCAGAUGAAAAAUUUAAUUAAUGUGGCAGUAAAUGAUGGGAAUGCGAAGCUGACAUAGCCAAUGGCAUCUGUACGUUCUGCUGUGCCCACUGGGAAUUGCCCACCCGCACCCACCCCCACGCCAUCUCUCUCAUAUUCACUGCUUUGCCAGAUCACGUGUUUAACACCCUCCUCCAAUACCUAAUCUUCCUUCUUCCCAUCCACUCUGCUUCACUUUCUUGCUUGCCUGCAAUCAUCGUGUUUGUUUCCUGGGUUUGUGUUUUCUCUGCUCUGAACAUUUAUUUUUGUUGACUCUAGCAAAGGGAAAAAUGCCAGAAGGAAUAACGGCUGAGAAACUGUUAAACAACAUCAUGGAAACAAUUUCAGACAGUGUACAAAAGCCAAGAUCUGGUGCAUUCUUUGAAGAGGACAAAGCAAGAGCUGUCAGUGAUAAAUUGAAUAGGCUGUUUGGGCGCCAGAAGCCUGUACACCAUGUUCUUGGGGGAGGCAAAUCGGCUGAUGUGCUACUAUGGAGGAACAAGAAAAUCUCAGCCAGUGUUUUGGCUUCUGCCACAAUUAUGUGGAUGCUGUUUGAAUGGCUUGACUAUCACCUCCUUACAUUUGUUUGCUUUGCUUUGAUUCUAGGAAUGUUUAUACAGUUUCUCUGGACUCACACUUCAGGCCUUGUGACCAGGUCUCCAUCACAAGUUCCGCGUAUUGUUUUGCCAGAAGAAGUGUUUGUCGGCAUAGCAAAGACCGUAGGGGCUGAAGUCAACCGUGGUUUGGGCUUCCUUCAAAACGUCGCCUGCGGUGGAACUCCCAAGCACUUCCUAGUUGCUGUGACAAGCUUGCUGGCAGCUGCUAUCAUUGGAAGCUGGUGCAACUUUCUGACUGUUGUGUACAUUGGAAAUUUGGAACAAUGACCAAGGUUCGAAACCCGCAGCGGCCGUGUGGAAGUUACAGCUCCUGCGUGCUAGGCUGGACCUCUGGUGCGCACCUGGUAAAAAGGCCUACCAUGGACCGACUGAAUCACCGUGACUUACAUCCUCCCAAAAAUCCUGUCCGAUCGGGGUGUGGGGGUUCUGUGUGGGAGAUUCCACCUUUUGGAACAAUAUAUAUACAUAUUGGACGUGUUUGCGCACUCUUAUAUUGAAAAUUGGCAUAGGUUUUGUUGGGGCCCACACACUGCCAGUGCUCUAUGAAAGAUAUGAAGAUGAAGUGGACAACUUUGUAAAUAGUGUGUUUGAGCAGCUGCACCACCAAUACCGGAAGCUUGAUUCUGGAGUACUUAGCAGAAUACCCAAAGCCAAACUCAAAUUGAAGAAGCACGAAUGAAGAACCCUAAAGAAACGCUACGCUUUGUUUGGGUUUUUCUCAUUCACAAUGUCCAAACUAUGAUUUAGUCACUAAUUCCGUGCCUGUGAGAUAUAAGGUAUUGUCUCGUGGUUUCAAUUUUCAAUUCAUCGUGUGAUGGGGCAAGAUUCUCAUAAACUUUAGGCUAUAUCGUAUCAACUUUCAAUUUAGAGCCUCUUUCGUCACAUCAAAAUGGGUUGAAGUAUUGGUUGAAUUGGUUGAUUUUACUCAUUUAUAAAAAAAAUUAGAAACAGUGACAUUGAUAUUA